CGCCUCACUCGUAAACAAGUCGACCAAACACAAUUAUAAUACAAACUUGGAAGGUUUAAUACUUCACUACGUCAUUAUCACUGUUGACAACAACGAACAAUGGCGGAACUAAAGAAAAUGUGCUGCAAGACUCUUGAAAGACAUAAUGGUGUGACUGGUCGGAUGUAAGAAAGAAAUAUUAUAGUAGCAUCAGGAGGCCAUCCCACACAAACUUCUUCCACCACAACCUAGUAUUAAAGCUCUAUAAAACAGGAGGCAGAACAAUUCCUCACAACUGUACAAUAAGUCAGUACAGUAUGAGGGUUAGUGAACAUCUUCAGGAGAACAUUGUAAGCAAGAGUAAGGUAAAUUGUCAACUCGCCAAGCCUUAAGUAACAAAUAUUAAAGUCAAGUUGGUGUUCUAUUAAACAGCAAGAAUAAAAAGAAGGUUCACACAAGUGAAUCUUUCUCCUGAAAAUACCAGUUAAGUGGUGCACUGUGUUAUAUAUUGUCUAAUUACAGUAUGAUGAGUGUUGCAAUGUUUCUACCUAAACAACUACCUUGUGACUCUUGUGCUUGUGUACACUGCUGAUAAAAGUUCCAAUAUAUAAAUGUGACAAGUGGUUGUCUGCUGUGCUUGUGUACUGGUGAGAAAAGUUCACUUGUGGUAAAUAUUUCUCAUACAAUAGUUAGUACAAGAACCACAUACAUGUGCAGAAUUAUUAUAGCAAAUUUAACUGUGAAGAGUGGAUAACUUUUUUAUACAGUACAAAAAUUACCCAAACGUCUGUACACUGAAGGAAAUAUUUUCUUAUAUGGAGUGUUGUAAAGUGUUUAAAAGAUGGCCCAGUUUAUAAAUCAAGUAGCUGGACAUGGUGGCCAAUAUAAUUAUGAAUGUGAACAGUGUGGUGAAUUAUUUUACAGUAAUGAUUCUUUGAAGAUGCAUACCUGUAUGGCUGAACACAUUGAUGAGAUAAAUAUUAAGUGUGAAGAAGUUGACAAAAGUUUUAACAGUAACUAUGAUGUAACACAACAUGUGACUGUUGAUGAGAAAGAUAUUAAGUGUGAAGAGUUUGAUGAAAGUUUUAACAGUAACUAUGAUGUAACACAACAUGUGACUGUUGAUGAGAAAGAUAUUAAGUGUGAAGAGUUUGAUGAAAGUUUUAACAGUAACUAUGAUGUAACACAACAUGUGACUGUUGAUGAGAAAGAUAUUAAGUGUGAAGAGUUUGAUGAAAGUCUUAACUGUAACUAUGAUGUAACACAACAUGUGACUGUUGAUGAGAAAGAUAUUAAGUGUGAAGAGUUUGAUGAAAGUUUUAACAGUAACUAUGAUGUAACACAACAUGUGACUGUUGAUGAGAAAGAUAUUAAGUGUGCAGAGUUUGAUGAAAGUUUUAACAGUAACUAUGAGGUAACACAACAUGUGACUGUUGAUGAGAAAAUUCAUAAAUGUCUAGAUAGUGGUAAAAGUUAUAACAAAAAGGAACAAAUAGUUGUACACACUGGUGAGAAGAAUUAUAAGUGUGAAGAGUGUGGUAAAUGUUAUUCCAGAAAGAGCUAUCUGAAGAAACAUAUGGUUGUACACACUGGUGAGAAGAAUUUUAAGUGUGAAGAGUGUGGUAAAUGUUAUUCCAGAAAGGACAGUCUAAAGAUGCAUAUGGUUGUACACACUGGUGAGAAGAAUUUUAAGUGUGAAGAGUGUGGUCAAAGUUAUUACAUAAAGAGCGAUCUGAAGAGACAUAUGGUUGUACACACUGGAGUGAAGAAUUUUAAGUGUGAAGAGUGUGGUAAAAGUUUUCACGGAAAGAGCUAUCUGGAAAAGCAUAUGGUUGUACACACUGGUGAGAAGAAUUUUAAGUGUGAAGAGUGUGGUAAAAGUUAUUCCACAAAGAGCUAUCUGAAAAAGCAUAUGGUUGUACACACUGGUGAGAAGAAUUUUAAGUGUGAAGAGUGUGGUAAAAGUUAUUCCACAAAGAGCAAUCUGAAAAUGCAUGUGGUUGUACACACUGGUGAGAAGAAUUUUAAGUGUGGAGAGUGUGGUCAAAGUUAUUACAUAAAGAGCAAUCUGAAGAGACAUAUGGUUGUACACACUGGUGAGAAGAAUUUUAAGUGUGAAGAGUGUGGUCAAAAUUAUUCCACAAAGGGCCAUCUGAAGAGACAUAUGGUUGUACACACUGGUGAGAAGAAUUUUAAGUGUGAAGAGUGUGGUCAAAGUUAUUAUAUAAAUUGCCAUCUGAAGAGACAUAUGGUUGUACACACUGGUGAGAAGAAUUUUAAGUGUGAAGAGUGUGGUCAAAGUUAUUACAUAGAGAGUGCUCUCAAGAGACAUAAGGUUGUACACACUGGUGAGAAGAAUUUUAAGUGUGAAGAGUGUGGGAAAUGUUAUUUCAGGAUGAGCCAUCUGAAAAGACAUAUGGUUGUACACACUGGUGAGAGGAAUCGUACUUGAAAGUUGUAGGGAAAGAUCUUACAUAAAAAUGAUCUGGAGAACUGCAUGGUCUUGCAUGUUGGUAAGAAUUAUUUCAAGUAUAAAUAAUGGAUUACUUAUUUCCAAAAAAGACCAACUGGAAAUAAUCAUCUGACGGCUGUGUUGGUUAUCCUUGGUCAAAUAUACUUACUGUUUAUUAUUGUUUGUAUACCUAUACAGUACUAUAUAUUUGUAGUAUACCUGUAAGUCUGUUCUUGACUUUCGCUGGGGUUCCGGACCGACGACCAGGUCAUACCGUAUAUCACGGCCUAUAAGGCGGCAGGGUGCAUAAGACGCCCCCCCCAAAUUUCCAUUUAAAA